AUGUACCAAGCUAAUUUCGUGAUCUGGAUUCCUCGAGUACGCCCCGCGUUUGCUAUGGAGUUAGGCUUGCAGUUGAAAGUGGGGACAGAAGACAAUGACUUCUCUAUUGCCAUCACCGGAGAAAGGAGGAGCGGCUCACAUGGUCUUGCUGGAGGGUUAGGUUUUUUGUGGUUGUUAGUAGUGAUGAGAAAGAUGGAGAUGAAAGAAACUAGGAAAGGGAAAGGGAAGAGGGUGGGGGGGGGGAACCAAAACCCCAUGGCCAUGGCGAUGACAAACCUUUUGUUGAAACCCCCGUCGAUGAUCAUUGCCCCAAAACACAAACACACUCAACAGCCUCCUCUUUUUCGCUUUGAAAGGUGUUCUGUAUAUACUCCGCCAACAUCCUCCUUCAAGAUUCCUCGUCUUCAUCUUUCUUUGACGCGUCCUGCAAUUCCCAUAUCUGAUAUCUCUGGUCAAUUGGUAGCCAAAGAAGUCAAAACUGUCAAUUCAGUUGCAGAGACCAAAGGAAAAAAAGAUGACAAGCAGGAGGCAAAAAGAAAAAGUCAUAAAACAAGAAGGAUGUCUGGUGGUGGUGGUGGUGGUAAUCUAAGUCCAAAGGUAUACGCGAUUAUAGUGGGAGCUUCUUUUUGUGUGGUUGUAGCAAUUUUCUGUAUUGUCAUACCAAAACAACAAGCAUCACGUUGCAUAGUUGUCCCUUAUUCUGAUCUUGUUGAUAGCAUUGAUGAUGGUAGUGUGAUACAUGUUCGAUUUGUGGAAGACUCCAAACAAUUCUAUUAUAACACCAAAUCAUCAAAUGAAACCCCACAAACUAAAUCAGGUGGGCCACAAGGACUUUUGAAUGCUUUUGUACCCACGUGGCAGUAUAAUACUACAAGGCUGGGGGACGAUGUAGUUCAGCUUAUUAAGGUGCUCAAAGAUAAGAAAAUCACAUACAGCUCAGGCUCUGUCAACAAAUGA